UUCACCCCUCAGAGAGACAGAGGGAGUCAAAACAUCACAUACAGGAUAUUUAGUGUUGAAAGAGUCUAAACACUGAAGCCUAGUGUUAAUAGAGGUCUACAAAGAGUCUUACAUCUUCCAUGAGGAGCUAAAGAUGACUGGAUUUUCCUUUUUUUUGCUUUUUGUUUUGUAUCUGGGGUUUCUCUCCUGUACUCAUGCUGGGAAUCUGCUAGUGAUACCUAUGGAUGGAAGCCAUUGGAUAAGUACAGUGCCAUUAGUAGAAAAACUAGGACAACAAGGACAUCAGAUUGUGGUACUGGCUCCAGAAAGCAACCUACAUAUAAAAGCUUCUGCCAGUUACAUCUUGAAGACAUACCCAGUACCUUAUACAAAAGAGCAAAUUAAGGACCAGAUGUCAAGAUUUACUAAUGAAUAUUUUGCUGAGCUUCCCACUGUAAAAAGAAUAGCCAAAGUCUUUGGGAGAUUGACUAAUAUCAGCAGCUUCCUGCAUACAACAUGUCAACAUCUACUUCAGAAUAAAGACGUUAUCAGUUACUUAAAGGGACAUUUUUUUGAUGCUGCUUUACUGUCUCCUAUUUUCCCAUGUGGACACAUUUUAGUUGAACAUCUAGAACUUCCCUCUGUGUCCUUUACGAACGAUCUUCCAUGUGGAAUGGACCAGCAGGCUACACAGUGCCCAAGUCCUGCUUCUUAUGUGCCCAGAUUCUUCUCCUUGUACACUGAUCAUAUGAGCUUCUCUCAGAGGAUAAGGAAUAUGCUUCUUUGGGUAUUUGACAGCUUUCUUUGUAAGUUAAUGUAUAAUAACUAUGGACACUUGGCUUCGGAGUUCCUGCAGAAAGAGGUUUCUAUGCUAGACCUCUACAGACAAUCUUCUAUAUGGCUCUUUAAGUAUGAUUUUACCUUUCAGUUUAUUAAGCCAGUAAUGCCCAAUAUGGUCUUCGUAGGAGGCAUCAACUGUUCUAAUAGGAAAAAUCUGACAAUUGAUUUUGAAAAGCUAGUGAACAGCUCUGGUGAACAUGGCUUUGUGGUUUUCUCCCUUGGAUCAAUGGUGUCUGAGAUUCCCAUGAACAAGGCAAUGGAUGUAGCAGAAGCAUUGGGGUCCAUUCCUCAAACGGUUAUAUGGAGAUACACAGGGAAGGCACCUUCAAACUUGGCAAAUAAUACCCACCUGGUAAAGUGGCUGCCACAGAAUGACCUGCUUGCUCAUCCAAAAGCCCGUGCCUUUAUUACCCAUGCGGGCUCACACGGUAUCUAUGAGGGUAUCUGUAACGCUGUCCCGAUGGUCAUGUUACCCCUGUUUGGUGACCAAAUGGAUAAUGCUAAGAGGAUUGAGUCCAGAGGAGCUGGAGUGACACUCAAUGUCUUGGACAUGACACCAGAAGACCUUAGCGAUGCAUUAGAUUCUGUAAUAAAUGAUCCACGCUACAAGGAAAACAUUCAGAGAUUGUCUGCUCUGCAUCUGGACAGACCGAUUCAUCCUCUGGACCUUGCUGUUCACUGGGUAGAGUUUGUCAUGAGACACAAAGGUGCACCCCACCUGCGACCGGCCGCUCAUGAUCUGAACUGGAUACAGUACCACUCCCUAGACGUCUUUGCCUUCCUCCUUGCUGUGCUGGUCACCUCUCUCUUCAUUAGCUAUAAAUGCUGCACUUACACCUGCAGACGAUGCUGUGGCAGAAAGUCUAAACCAAAGUCCAAAUCCAAAAAGGAGUAGAUUAUACUUAUGUAGAAUUACAAGAAUUACUAUAGUUCCCUUCUAUAUUAUGGCAUAUGCAUUAACUCCCAAUAAUUGGGAAAAAAGAAAGAAAAAUAUCCUUUUUGCACUGAACAGAACAGUUUCUUCAAAAAAACAAACUUGUGCACCCAAUGUUUUGUAAACAACGAUUAAAGAUGAAUCCA